AGCAGUGCUGUGCUGUGUUGUUGUUGUUGUGGUGCUGGAAAUUUGCAUCCUUGCUUGCUUGAAGCAGGCUUGUUGUGUUUUUGCUUUGCUGCUGCUGCUGCUGCUGCCAACUGCUGUGCUGUUGAUCCGGCGAAUCGCGCAAUAUGGAGGAGGCGGCCAACACUUCCGGCACGACGAUAAUGUUGAUGGGCGCCCCGUCCCAGCACGACUUCAAAUGGACGCACGAGCGCUGCAUGCUGCUGCUGCACGAGUACGAUCUGCUGAAGGACAAGUUUAAGGAUCGCAAGCACAAGAAGAAGGAUCUGUGGGCGGAGAUCAGCAUGAAGUUUAGGAAGAUCUACGCGUACGAUCUCGAGUGGGACGUUGCGUACAAAAAGUUUCGCAAUCUCAAACAAACGUUCGAACAGGUGAGAGCGAAAAUGCAACAGCAGGCCAUCACCGGCCAGUACAGCAAUCGGCCAAAGUGGCCGUACUUUGAAAAGUUUCAGCAAAUACUCGACGAUCCCGGGGUCGUUGCGUACAGUUACACCGCCGAUCAGCACCAUCAGCAACAUCAACAGCAUCAUCACGACGACCACACCGACGAUCAUCAUCCACAUCAUCACAAGCAUCCGGCACAGCUCGAUCCGGGCACUGUCGGGCAGGUACUGGCCGGUGAAGAUUUCACCGACACGCUCGUAACCGUAUUUCCGAUGGGCGAUGAACUCGAAAUACCUGCCCAACCGGUCGAGGAAUGCAGUGUGGAGCAUGAUGAUGCCGCCAAGGUGGACCGUAAAGAGAUAGUAGUACAAACCGUUGUGGAAGGGUUAGAGGUGGAACAGGAGGAGGAAGAAGCCGGAGAGGAGCAGGUGGCGGAACACAUCGAGGAGGAAGAGGAGCCGCUGGCACAGCAGACGGAUGAGCUGGAGGAAGAAGCACCACACAGGAAGCGGUUCCGGCGGCUAGGCACCUACGAGCAGGAACGGUUAAUGAUCGAGCGCGAAAAGCUGGACACGCUGCGGGAAAUUCAGCGUGGAAUUGAGUGUAAAAAUGAUAUCCUGCGCGGCAUUUUGCACGUGCUGCAGUCACGGGUAUGGCAGGCACAUCCAACGAUGGAUUGAUGGUUGGCUGGCUGGCCAUGCUCGGUCGUGGAGCUGGGGGAGGACCAACACCGGGAGAUGAUGAUAGUACAAAGAGAGAGAGAGAGAGCGAGACGAGCGUUGGCUGAAGGGGAGAGAGCGUACGCGAUAGAUACACCUAUGUUGUACGUAGUUUUAUUGUAAAUUAAUAUUUUCUUUUAACUUCCACCUGUAAAGAGAUGGCAAAGUUUUAAUGCUCCA